AUGUUUAGGGGCAAUCCCAAGAGAAAUCUAAACGGCGUUUGCCGGGAGUUUCGACGAGAUGGCGUUUGCAAAUACGGAGUGAGGUGCAAGUUCUCUCAUGGCCCACAAACGGGAGAUGGGCGGCAGUCCGGCUCCUCCCAGGCUCAGGCCAAUACACAGAGGUCAGGCACAAGACAGCGUCAGUCGAACCAAGAUGUUAGGUGGCGAGAGUGGAAGCAAAUAUUGAACGCUUCGGCGUCAUCAUCUUCAAGGCCAUCGGAAGAUGUGGCACGCAGGUUCUUUUCACUUGCGCUCGACCUGAUGAGCGGGGAUCAAGGGGCUUCUCAGGAAACAAUCAAAGCGUUGGCCGAUGACCAAGGACUCAAGUUCAUCAGAGACCUGGCAGAUCGCCACAUACUAAAGGCUCAGAGGGAUCAAUCUGGUCUCCGUCUUUGGGUAGAUGAGAUUUGUCCCCUUUUCCAGCUCAUCACUCAUGAGCGAGUGGUGGACUCUGCAGUGCUGGAACAGCAAGUGGCGAUGAUCUACAACUUCCUCAGUGGCGUCCAUGGGCAACGAAUGGUCAGGGUUUUUAACUUCAUCUUGAGCUUGGUUCGCUCUUGGCCAGCUUCGACAAACGGCGUUUCGAAAAUGCCUGUUAUCGAGCUUUCUCUUGCGGUGUUGACUAAGAUGAUGGACUGUAACACUUUGCUUAUGAUCGAUGAAAGCCUCUCGUCAAUUGUUCGCGGGUUUGAGAAGUGUAUCAACUCUGAGCCGAAAUCAUCCGAGGACUUUUCUUGCGUGCAAGCAAAGAGAUACCUUGACUACAUACGGCAACGGCUCGAAGUUGGCCAAGAAAUAGACGCCAUGGAACCAAAUGUAGUUCCCGUGACUCGUGAGGCCUUCGUCCUACGUCGAGACCUUCCAGGAACCCUUUCUGCGGAGGGACCACGUCAUGAUAACGACAACAAAUCCAUCUCAAAGAUAAAAAUCCUUCCUACUUCUGAGGAAAUAAUGUCUCCACGUCGCGAGUAUUUGCCUACUACGGACUCAUCAGAGUGGCACGUCCCUGGUAUCCGCGGCCGAGUCGACAGGGAAUUCCGGUUACUCAGAGAGGACACUGUAGGCCAACUUAGGGAUGCCGUUCAUGAUACACUGGAGCGCAUUCGCAACAUUGAUGCGCGAGUCGAUCGCAGCUCCAAAAAUACCGUGCGAACCUUCUCGUACGAGUACCCUAUGCCGGUCGAUAUUGGCUUUGACAGUUUCUCGGGUUUGCAGUUCACCAUUCGGUGUAAUCAGCCCCCUGCUUUGAAAGGGAUGACGGCUAAAAGACGCCGAGAGUGGUGGAUGCAAAGCAAGAGACUCCAAUCAGGGGCAUUGGUCUGCGUUCUAGAUGCGACAGGUUCGGUCCAGUUCUUUGUGGUUUCGGAAUCGACUAUGCGAACUGAAGAUGACGACGUCGCCAAGAAGAAGGCCCAGCGUGGACAGAACAACGACAGCGAAUCUGAGCCAAAGGAGCUCCUCACCCUGUCUGGAAGCGAAGAACAUCUGUUCGUUACUUUGCAAUUGGUUGACACUGGAGCUUCAGAACUCAGACGGACUUUGAGGUGGUAUCGUAGCACAAAAUCAUCACCUCGCCGGUACAUUGUAGAGUUUCCCGGAGUGCUGCUUGCAUCCUUCCAGCAUACUCUCACAGCACUGAAAAGGAUUUCCGAACAGCCAAAAAUUCCGUUUCAUGAUCUGAUUGCGCCUUCAGGCAAUGUGGGCCAGCAGACGGUCAUUUCAUCUCCGCUCUACACAAGAAAGGCCGGAUUCGAAUUCGACUUGAGGCUGUUGACCAACGACAACACCAGUCUGAGGGUAGACCCUCGUCAUCCGCCGCAGCCCGAAGUGCUCGCGUCCCGAUCAUCUUUGGAUCUCACGCAAUCAAGAGCGCUUCUCUGUGCCCUCACACAAGAAUUGUGCUUGAUCCAGGGUCCACCAGGAACAGGCAAGAGUUACACGGGAGAAAAAAUAAUAAAGGUUCUCCUGAAUCACAAGGAACAAACUAAGAUGGGACCGAUCCUCUGUGUUUGUUACACUAACCACGCUCUAGAUCAACUUCUUGAGCAUCUUCUCGACGAAGGAGUUGAUCAGAUUAUCCGAAUAGGAUCCCGAUCAAAGUCCGAGAGGCUUCAAAACCGUAAUCUGAGAGUGGUUGCCAAGACAGCCGAGCGGACGAAAACUGAAGCCAGAGAGCUCUGGACAGUCCAAGAUGGGAUUCGGAACAUUGAUCGCGACUUGACGAAGCUGAUUGGCGACCUGGCCGACCUAGAAUCAGUGGAAACGAUCAAAGGUCAUUUACGCGAAACAUCGCCCAGACAUUUUCACCAGCUUUUCGUGGAUGAUGAAAGGGAAUGGACGGAAGUUACUUACAAAGAAAAACCCUCUAUACCGAAAUGGUUGCAUGGCGGAUCUCAAGAUAAGAAACAGUCGAGACAGCUGGUUGAACUACAAUUGGUUAAUCUAUUCGACAUGAGCUACCUUGAACGUCGGAAGAUUUACAACCACUGGAUAGAAACUCUGAGGGAUCCCAUCAUAGAAAAGAUGGCAGACCUGCACCGCAAAUACACAACCGCUUCUGAACAGCGGGAUCGAAUCCGAGGAGACACCGACCUUAGAUGUCUUCAGCAGGCCGACGUUGUUGGAGUCACAACUACCGGCCUUGCAAGGCAGCUCGAGACACUUCGAAAACUUAGAAGUAAGGUGAUGGUCUGUGAGGAAGCGGGUGAGGUCCUUGAGGCUCAUAUCCUUACUGCGCUUCUCCCAUCACUGGAGAGCGCAAUUCUUAUCGGCGACCACCUCCAACUUCGGCCGCAGAUACAGAAUUAUGAGUUGCAAAGUACGAAUCCCCGAGGCCAACAAUACUCAUUGGAUAUGUCUUUGUUUGAACGGCUUGUCCAACCUCUUCAUGACGGGGACGUGCAAGUUCCGUUUAGCACACUUGAAACGCAAAGGAGAAUGCAUCCCUUCAUGUCGGAGCUGAUUCGAUCGACACUCUACCCCUCAUUGAUGGAUUCAGAGUCAGUCCAGAACUAUCCAAAAGUUGUUGGAAUGAAGCAGCGGUUGUUCUGGUUUCAUCAUGAGCACCUCGAAGCCUCGGCUGCGAAUAACGACCCGCUCAACACAUCUAGAUCAAACGACUUUGAAAUCGAGAUGACUACAGCCUUGGUCUCCCACCUCACCCGCCAGGGUGAAUACGCCCAAGGAGAAAUCGCGGUCAUUACGCCUUAUCUGGGCCAACUCCAUAAACUCCGGCGUCGAAUGGAGUCGAUGUUUGAGAUAUGUGUCAAUGACCGAGAUCUUGAGGACCUUGAAAUGCUCGAGGAAGAGAAUUUCGGCAGCUCCGCGCCAAAGAAACCCACCGCGACCCGAAAGACUACGUUGCUGAAAAGCGUGAGGGUCGCGACCGUGGACAACUUUCAAGGCGAGGAAGCCAAGAUCAUCGUGAUAUCCUUAGUCCGAAGCAAUCCUCAAAAUCUAUGCGGAUUCCUAAGCACUUCCAACCGAAUCAAUGUGCUACUCUCCCGCGCCAAGCAUGGUAUGUAUAUCAUUGGGAACUCGAACACCUGCCAGCGUGUCCCGAUGUGGGCUCAAGUCAUGAAUAUCUUGCAGGAUAAAGGCCAGUUUGGUACGAGUUUGGAGCUCGAGUGCCCGCGCCAUCCCAAUACCCCCAUUCUUGUAUCCGAAGCAGACCAUUUCGUCCGAUUCUCCCCAGAAAGUGGAUGCCAGCUGCCAUGCGAGAAGAGGCUCGACUGUGGCCACUCCUGCACAGGGAAGUGCCACUCCAACGUCAUCCAUAGCGCGGUCAAGUGCCUAGAGCCGUGCCCCAGAUUAAAGAAGGGAUGUGAUCAUUCCUGCCCUCUUCGCUGUGGCGAUCCAUGUCAGAUAAAGUGCCACGUUCGACUGAAGGACCUUCGCCUAGUCCUUGACUGCGGGCACAUCGUCACAACAGCCGAGUGCUGGCAGGCUCAAGACCCAUCGCUUAUCCGCUGCUCUGUGACAGUGUCUCGAAAUGUUCCAGGUUGUGAACACAAGGUCCAGGUGAAAUGCUCUGACGAUAUCACCGGUGCCAACUAUCAUGUAAUGCUCGCGAAGGCGGCCAGAUCGCGAAAGCGAAUCAUGGCAUCUGUCAACAACCAUGUGGACGAGGUUACUCUGCUUGCCAACACAACUGUGCCAAAGCUUGUCAUUCGGGCACUGCUUGUUCGCCGUGUGAUCAGCCCUGUGAAGUGCGAUGCAGCCAUUCGAAAUGCGCCAAAGCUUGCAACGAGCCUUGCGUGCCAUGUGCCGAGGAGAAGUGCCACUCCUGCUGCCCUCACUCCGAAUGCAGCAUGCCCUGCGCAGCUCCCUGUGAUUGGAUACCUUGCUCAAAGCGAUGUGAGAACUUGUCCAUCGCUUUGUGGCGAAGCAUGUCCGGAUAUCAGAUAUUGCCAGAAAUGCGCCUCAGAUCCAGUCAAGCAAUUUUGCGUCGACUUUGUGGAGCUGAAACUUUAUGAGGACAUUAACCUGGACGAGGAGCCAUGCAUCUUUCCUGACUGUGGGCAUUUCUUGACCAUCACCUCAAUGGAUGGGAUAAUGCACAUGUCUGACCACUAUGAGCUGGACAUGGAUGGAUAUCCAGUGAAGCUCCGUGGGCCUUCUGCCCCUUUCACCAUGGAAGAGAAAAGUAUCUCUGUGUGCGCCACUUGUCGUGGCUCACUCAGAUCUAUAUCUAGAUACGGACGCAUUGUACGCCGGUCAAUUCUGGACGAAACAACAAAGAGAUUUAUCACUUGGUCCAACUCACAGUAUGAAAAACUUACUAAGUUGAUGUUCAUCGAGUUUGAAAAGUUGGAUGAAACGCCAAGCGGGACGAAAAUAUCCACUGUCGGGGACUCGAAUCAGGUCCUCACGCCGCAAGGGUCCAGGCUGAGCAUACUUCAAGCCCUAGAGACAGCUCUAGGGGACGACAGAUACAAACGAAUCAUCAAGCUCCGACAUAGGCUGAGCUUUUAUAAGAACAAGGUGGCCAGGGAGGAACAGCCGUUCCAUCGAGUCGCCACAUAUGUCCAAUCCGCGAAUCGCCGAAACAAAGAGACUAGGGACUUUCAGUAUGAUGACUCGGUAAUCCAGAAUAAGGGCAUGUUGCUCGCUGAAACUUUGCUUCUUAAAACUGAAACAACGGCAAUUUCCGACUUCAUCAGUCUUUGCAAAAGCGGUAGAGCGCGUCCCCCGAAGAUACAGGUUGACUUCGCAAGCUAUUUUAAAGCAUGCGACCAGCUUAUUGGACUGGCAGGAAGUUUCAAAUAUCCAAAAGAACAGCUUCAGGGCCAUAUUUUCUAUGCGUGGAUGUGUGAGUUUGCGAGGUGGUUUUCCGCAAAUGGCGAUAAGAAAGAGCUCGAAGUCGGAUACAAGGAGAGGGGACUGGACCAUAUCGGGCUGGCUCGCAACAUCCUGGAAAGUCAUCCAUCUACAGCUCCGUUGUUACAGGAGGUUGAAACAGCCGAGUUUGCACUCAAAGGUCAUGAAUAUCGUCAAGUCACCACUGAUGAGCUCAAAGAAGUGUAUGUUGCCUUGAGUGGUGACCUGAGAGGGACAGGUCACUGGUAUACCUGCGAAAACGGACAUCCGUUCACAAUUGGAGAGUGUGGGAUGCCGAUGGAACAAGCCAGAUGCCCAGAAUGUAACGCCCCGAUUGGUGGCCAAAACCAUCAAGCCGUAGAUGGAGUAAGGCGUGCUGAAGAGAUUGAGAGCCUGACCAGGGGUGUGGGAAAUCUUUGA